UGUCGCUGGAAGAGUGCGCGGCCGGGGACGUAGCCAAGCUGGACCAGAUGCUCUGGAACCGUCAGAAGGUGUUCUCCCGGCAUGAGGAAGAUUUUGGGUAUACGGAGGACCUGCAGCAUGAGAUCCGCACCGGAGACGCCCCCCCGGUUCGGGAGCGGUAUCGGCCGAUACCGCCCCGGUUGUACCAGGAAGUAAAGAGCAUGUUGCGUCAGAUGCUGGACAACCACGUGAUCCAGGAGAGCAAAAGUCCCUGGGCUGCACCCAUUGUCUUAGUCCGGAAGAAGGACGGGACUAUCCGGUUCUGUGUGGAUUACCGGAAGCUGAACAGUUGCACCGUCCGGGACGCUUACCCUCUCCCUAGGAUCGAGGAGUCCCUAGCUGCACUGGGCAAUGCGAAGUUUUUUUCGACCCUGGACCUGGCCAGUGGAUACUGGCAAGUGCCGGUGGCCCCCCAGGAUAGGGAGAAGACCGCAUUCGUCACUCCCAUGGGGUUGUUCGAAUUUUGCCGCAUGCCGUUUGGGUUAAACAAUGCGCCCGCCACAUUCCAGCGGAUGAUGGAACGGUGCUUGGGAGACUUGAACUUUGAAGCUUUGCUGAUUUACUUGGACGACAUCAUUGUGUUCGCCCCGACCUUGGAGGAACACUUUGCUCGACUCGACCUGGUUCUUCAGCGGUUGGAAGCAUACGGCCUGAAGCUCAAGCCCCGGAAGUGCCACCUGUUGAAAUCCAGCUUGGAGUACCUCGGGCAUGUAGUGUCACGUGAUGGGGUGUACCCAACCCCCAGCAAAGUGGCGGCCGUCCAGGAAUGGAAGGUGCCCACCACCGUCACGGAAUUGCGGGCAUUUCUGGGUUUGGUGGGGUACUACCGGCGCUUCAUCAAGGAUUUCGCCCGGAUCGCGGAACCCCUACAUGCCUUGCUUCGGGGGAUUGCGACCACUAAAAAAGCUGCCCUGGAGACUUGGGGAGAAGCGCAGAACCUGGCCUUUGACCAACUGAAAGGAAGUCUCACGGAAGCUCCGGUGUUGGGGUACGCAGACUUUGAGAAGCCCUUCGUCCUAUACACGGAUGGGAGUCUACAGGGGUUGGGCGCGGUCUUGGCUCAGGUCCAGGAUGGGCAGGAGCGGGUGAUUGCUUACGGCAGUCGUAGCCUGCGAGAGACCGAAAGGAACCCAGACAACUACAGUUCCUUCAAGUUGGAGCUACUGGCAGUGGUGUGGGCCGUGACCGAGAAGUUUGCGGAGUACUUGACCGCCACUCACGUGGAUAUUUUCACGGAUAACAACCCCUUGGCGUACCUGGAGACCGCCAAGUUGGGUGCCUUGGAGCAACGAUGGGUGGCCAGGUUGGCCAAGUUCUCCUACAAAAUCCGCUAUCGACCGGGAAAGAGUAAUGCCAACGCAGAUGCCCUGUCUCGUUUUCCGGUGGAAACCCCCGAACCUGGUGGGGAAGAAGAGGACUGCGGCGAAGAAAUGCCGGAUCUCACUCGUGUGCGGCAGGCCACGGCCGGAGAGUUGUACCGACAAAACGCCCAGACUGCCUUGCUUAGGUACACGGAGAUGGACUGGGCACAGGAACAGCAGGCUGAUGAGGAUUUGGACCUCGUUCGACAGUGGGUACAGAGGGGUCAUGUGCCAUCCCGCCAAGAGCAGGAUGGACUGACCGGGUUCUGUAGGAAGGUGGUACGUCGUUGGGACCAAUUGCGGGUCUGCACUGGUACCCUGCGGAGACGCUGCUACUUGGAACAGGAAAUGCGUACUGUGGAGCAGGUGGUCGUGCCAGAAACCCGGCCCAUCCAGACGAUCCGGACCAGUCGGCCACUGGAGAUGCUGAUGAUCGACUACGUGUUGAUCGGGGAAUCUGUAAGUGGGCACCAGUAUGCCUUGGUAAUGACUGACCACUUCACUAAAUUCACGGUAGUGGUUCCCACCCGAAACCAGACCGCGGAGUCAGCAACACGAGCGAUCGUCGAACAUUUCAUUCGGCGGUACGGUUGUCCUGAGCGGAUCCAUUCGGAUCAGGGUGCCUGUUUCCAGGGGCAGCUGAUGGAGCGCCUCUGCCAGCUUUAUGGCGUUCAAAAGUCCCGCACGACACCUUACCAUCCGCAGGGGAAUGGCGCCUGCGAGAGAUUCAACCGGACUCUGCUGCAGAUGCUCCGCGUGUUGGAGCGUGCCGAGAAGCAACGAUGGCCCGAACGUGUUCAGGAGCUGGUCUGGACUUACAACAACAGAGUUCACCACACCACGGGAUUUUCCCCUUUUUUCUUGUUGUUCGGCCGACCCGGACGGGAGGCACACGACUUACAACUGUCCGGGACUGAGGAGGUAACGCCCCUCGCCCCUGCCGAAUGGGUCGAGGACCAUCGCCUACGUCUGAAGGCGGCGCACGAGUUGGCUGGGAGGCUGAUCGCCGACCACCAGCAUCCACCUGUGAGGUCCCACGAGCCUGGAUCGUUGGCCGUGGGCCAGCGAGUGUUGGUGCGAGAGGUUCGCCCAGGGGGGAAAUUGACUGCCAGAUCUCUGCGCUAUUGUGACAUGUCUCAGCGUGUAAGGGCGACCGCUCAAAGCUGUCUGGUGGUAUUGAGACAGCUGCUGAAAUAUCUUCCUUUUCACACCCAGGAGAGGAGGAAAAAAAUGCAAAAAACUGCCAGAUCUCUGCGCUAUUGUGACAUGUCUCAGCGUGUAAGGGCGACCGCUCAAAGCUGUCUGGUGGUAUUGAGACAGCUGCUGAAAUAUCUUCCUUUUCACACCCAGGAGAGGAGGAAAAAAAUGCAAAAAGUAGAUGAAGAAGUCAUAAGAACAAUUAUAGACAAAUUAUAUGGGGUCAAAAGACCUAAAAUUGUGGAUAAAUGGAGAGAGGAAAUAGCCAUAUUAAUAGAGACUGAAAGGGAACUAGACCCAUGUAUGAUACCAAUAAUGAUAAUGGCAAAUGAGGAAAUUGGGAGGAGGUGGCAUAUUAUCUGGCCUAAGAAGAAAGAUGAGGAAGCUAGUAAUGCACAUAUAUCCACUUCUAGGGAUACCCCUGAAAGGGAAAAUGCACAUAGUAAUACACAAGGAAAUGGUGCAAAUGUAGAUGGGUCACAGUUUGAGACGAUGGUAGAUAGAGUAGUUACCCAGUUAGAACGCUGGCACUAUGAAGGGAGCUACAGGAGAUUACGAAUAUUUUCUGGGACGGUGCCUGUACCACUGGGUGAAGAAACGUACGAAUCGUGGAAGGAAGCUGCUGUUCAACAAGCUGAGGAAUGGCAAUGCCCUGAUCAAAUAAAAAGACAAAGAGUGGUUGAAAGCCUAAGGGGACCCGCCAUGGGAAUAAUACAAGCAGCUAGACGAAGUAAUCCUCAAGCUACUCUUGAGACGUAUUUCGAGGCUCUAGAUUAUGCCUAUGGUACGUUAGAAGAUGUAGGGGAUUUAACAUCUAGAUUACAUCAUACGUUUCAGGAACCUGGAGAAAAGUUAAGUACGUACUUAAUAAGAUUGGACAAACUUUUAUACAAGAUAGUAGAAAAAGGUGGAAUUACACGGGAUGAAGUGGAUAGAAGCAGAAUGAAACAGUUACUGAGGGGAGCAUUGACAACUGAUUCUGUAGCCCAUAAAUUUAGAUGCUCAGGAACAAGGGAACCUAUUCUUACUUUUAAUGAAUUGUUAAAAGAAAUAAAGCAGGAAGAAGUACUAAUUGAAAUGAGAGAAAAAACCGUAAAAAAAGUUAAAGUUGUUCAACCCUCUGUAGAAAUAAAUCCUUUAGAAGAUAAAAUAGUUAAAAUGAUAGAGGAGCAAAAUAAGAAAAUAGAGCAAUUUAUAUCCUCUCAAAGUAGCCGAAACUCAGGAAAUUCUUCUCAGAGGAGUAAUAACAAUUCAUCCGAUCGAGGAUAUGUACAAGUAACCCUUGAAUUUGAUAGGAAAAACUCUGAAGAGCCUUUAGAAGUACCUUUUAUUGCUCUUAUAUGUCCUGAAAUUCAGGGAGAAAGAAAUGGACCCCCUGUGAUUGUGGGGACUAACACCCAGCUAUACCAAGCACUAUCAAAUUGGUGCCAGAAUGAAGAUGGGCGAGUUGUAGAUGUAGGACAUACAUUACUGGUGCAACCAGAAAUAAAUUUUAGCGAAAGUAUGAACGAAUUUGAUGUUUGUUUUCAGGAAAGUGACCUAUUAAAAGAAGACCAGACCUUUUUAAUCAAGGAAUUAGAAUGCAGGAAACAAGCAUUCUCAACAGGAGAAUGGGAUUUAGGAGAAGCAAAAGGAGUAGAGCAUAGCAUAAAGUUAAAUGACACAAGUCCUUUUAGAGAGCGCUCCCGUAGGAUAGCACCUGCGGACUUUGAAGACGUUCGGUUACAUCUGAAGGGAUUACUGGAGAACCAAAUCAUUAUAGAGUCCCAUCAGUACACAGUUCCAAAAAUUGAUGAGGCAUUGGAUUGCUUACAAGGAAGCAGGUGGUUUUCUGUACUCGACCUAAGAAAUGGAUUUUAUCAGAUCCCUAUGUGCCCAGAAGACAGAGAAAAAACAGCAUUUAUCUGCCCAUUGGGAUUCUUUGAAUUCUUGAAGAUGCCGCAAGGUAUAAAGGGAGCACCUGCUACCUUUCAAAGGACUAUGGAGAAAGUUAUAGGGGAUAUGAACUACAGAGAAGUUAUUGUCUACCUAGAUGAUAUUAUUGUUUUUGGAAAUUCCCUUGCUGAACAUAACUCCCGACUACUAAAAGUGUUGGAUAGAUUAAUAGAGGGAGGAUUGAAGCUAUCCAUUGAUAAAUGCCAACUAUGUAGGUCCUCUGUGAAAUAUUUGGGACACAUUGUAGGGAGGGAAGGGGUGUCCACUGACCCUGCCAAAGUGGAUGCAGUAAAGAAUUGGCCCCGCCCAACUAAAUUGAAAGAACUUAGAUCAUUUUUAGGGUUCUGCGGUUAUUACCGCCGUUUCGUCCCAAAUUAUUCUAAAAUUUCAAAGCCUCUCACUGACUUGACUAAGGGUUAUCCUCCAAAUAAUAAAAAGAAAGCCAAUAAAGCAAUCUCCAAUCAUUGGUUCAAAUCAAGUGAACCAUUCGGAAAUAGAUGGGACCAUAAAUGUGAAAUAGCUUUUCAAGCUUUAAAAGAAAAACUGACUGGUGCUCCAGUCUUAGCAUAUGCUGAUCCAUCCCUUCCAUAUGUGCUUCACACAGAUGCUUCACAAGAAGGAAUAGGAGGGGUAUUAUAUCAGAAGUACCAAGGUGAACUGAAACCUGUAUCUUUUACUAGCCGGGGCCUAUCCAUUAGUGAAAGAAACUAUCCUACACAUAAGUUGGAAUUUUUAGCUUUAAAGUGGUGUGUAGUAGAAAAAUUCCAUGAUUAUUUAUAUGGUGUGCCUUUUGAGGUACACACUGACAAUAACCCCUUAACAUAUAUACAAACAACAGCAAAACUCGAUGCUACUGGACACAGAUGGCUUGCAUCAUUGGCCUUAUACAAUUUUUCUUUAAAAUAUAGACCAGGGAUUAAUAAUAUUGAUGCUGACUCACUGUCCAGGAUCCCCAACCAAGGCAACAGUGAUGUUGAAGAUGAAUGGAUUGAAGUGCCUAUGGGAGAUGUGAAAGGGAUAUGUCAUCAAAUACAAAUUGGAGAAAUGAUGCCAGGAGAAAUGUUAAGUUCUUUAGGAGCCACUUCCAAAGCUCUUCCAUUAUCAUACUGCUGGCUGAGUAAUUUGGAGCUAGAAGGAUUGCCAAAAUUUAGGAGAGGUCAAAUACAAGCUGAUCAAAAUCAAGAUCCAGAUAUAGGAGAUGUAAUAGUAAAAAUGACACAGAGUUGGGAUCAUAAGCCCUCGCUAGUUACCAAAGAAGCUAAGUUAUUUGAACGACAGAAGAACAAGUUAUUCUUAACAAAUGGGCUUUUAUAUCGUGUAACUAAAAAACAAGGAGGAAGUGAAAGGCAACAGUUAGUUCUGCCUAAAAAGCACAGAAAUAUAGUGAUGAAAGCUUUGCACAAUGACCAUGGCCAUUUAGGGUGUGAUAAAACUUUUAAGUUAAUAUCCGAUAGGUUUUAUUGGCCAGGAAUGAGGGAAGAAAUAGAAGACUAUUGUAGAAACUGUGGAAAUUGUAUAGUUCGAAAAACUGUAGUUAAGCAAAUUGCCCCUUUAGUAAAUUUUAACAGUAAUGGGCCUUUGGAUUUGGUAUGCAUGGAUUUUUUGACACUAGAAGUAGAGCCAGGAAAGAAAUGCCACAUAUUAGUGAUAACUGAUCAUUUUACCAGAUAUGCCCAGGCCUACGUAACACCAAAUCAAAGGGCAACUACCGUAGCAAACACAUUAUGGAACAAAUUUUUUGUCCAUUAUGGUCUUCCAAACAGACUUCACUCUGACCAAGGUAGAGAGUUCGAAAGUAAACUAAUAAAAGAGCUUUGUGCAAUUUGUGGGAUAACUAAAUCAAGGACAACCCCAUAUCAUCCACAAGGUGACCCCCAACCUGAGAGGUUCAACAGAACCUUGUUGGAUAUGUUGGGAACAUUGAAUCCUCUUGAUAAAAGGUACUGGAAAAGACAUACUGACCGUUUAGUACAUGCAUAUAAUUGUACACAAAAUGAAGCCACAGGGUAUUCUCCCUACUACUUAAUGUUUGGUCGGGAAGCCAGGCUUCCUAUAGAUGUAUGUAUGGGGAUAUCCACUAGUGACAAACCUGCUAUCUCUCACCUAAAAUACAUAAAGAAGUUAAGGGAGGAACUACAGGAGGCUUAUGAUAUAGCUGAAUGUGCAGCCAGGAAAUUGGGAUUAAAAAAUAAGACCAGAUAUGACAGGAGAAUACGUGAUCAUGAGUUAGUUCCGGGGGAUCGAGUCUUACUGAGACUCCUAGGGACACCUAGAAAGUUUAAAAUUUCAAAUAGGUGGAGGGAAGAUCCUUUCGUGAUUGUUGAGAAACUUUCAAACUUACCUGUAUAUAAGAUCAAGCCUGAGUCAGGAGAAAACAGGAUACUGACAUAUCACAGGCAGCAUCUAUUACCUAUAGGGAAAGAAGUUCGGUUAGAAGGGCUUGAAUUAAAUGAUAAUACCUGCACAACUAAUGAAAGAAUGGGAAAUAGAAAUGUAAUACAUAAUGAAUUAAGUAUUGUGGAUGACAUAGAUGAUGAGUCAGAGGUACAAGGGUAUUAUUAUAAGGAUGACUGUUUGGGUUUUGACAAAUUUACUGAUGAACAUGUUACUGAGGGUUCUCUAGGACAUGUGGAAGGUAACAUCCAAAAGCUCAGUGAUAAUAACCCUUGGGAAGAACAUCUGGAAUAUCAUGAUACUGAAAGCAGGAGAGUAUCAGAUAAUUCCGAUAGAUCUUCGCAUCUUUAUAGUGAGAUAGAAGAGGAACAGGUGUGGGAUAGGCCAAAAAGGAUGUGUCGGCCCCCUACUAUACUUACAUAUGACCAACUAGGGAUACCAUGCAAUAUACCUAGGGUGACACAUGCUAGCACUGUAUUGUUAUGGCCAUAUUUUUAAUGAUUACCUUAUUAAACAUAAGACAGGGAGAGCUUAAGGUAUGAUUAUUUACGUAGUAGGGUGGUGAUCCAGCAGAUAAUCUAUACUGGAUCAUGGAUCACCAGG